AGGGACAUGGGUAGGGUGCGGUCUGCGCGGGGCUGGAGCCCGGAUCUCUUCUAUUUCCCCUCUCACUAGACCCCAGGCUGCGCCGCAGACGGCAGCAGCUCUCGCUCCGCCCGAGCCGCCUGACCGCCGGGCCGGGGUGCUAACCGCGGGUCCCUCCAGCCCGCCGGCCCGGCCAGCCCAGCCCAGCCCGGCGGCCCGCAGCCCCGCCGCCCGCCGCCCCCCGCCGCCGCCGCGUUGCCAAAACAAACGGGCCGGCCUAUUUAUUGGCGGCCGGCGAGCCGGGCAGCUCAGAGUCGAGGCGCCGAGGGGGACAGCGCGCCGCCACCAGCCAGGGCCCCGGGCCCCCGCCCCGCACCUGAGUCCUGCCGGCCUUGAGCCGCGCCGCGCCGCCCAUGGCGCCCCCGCCUGGAGUCCCCCGGAGCCACCUAGACGCCUGAGCCCCCGCAGCGCUCCCACCCGCCCGCCCGCCCAGCAGCCCACCCGGCGCCCUCGCCCGCCGCUCUCCCGGGCUCCCCGGCCAUGUCUCCCGCCUGGCUCCGGCCCCGACUGCGGUUCUGUCUGCUCCUCCUCCUGCUGCUGCUGGUGCCCGCGGCACGGGGCUGCGGGCCGGGCCGGGUGGUGGGCAGCCGCCGGCGGCCGCCGCGCAAACUCGUGCCGCUCGCUUACAAGCAGUUCAGCCCCAACGUGCCGGAGAAGACCCUGGGCGCCAGCGGGCGCUAUGAAGGCAAGAUCGCGCGCAGCUCGGAGCGCUUCAAGGAGCUCACCCCCAACUACAACCCCGACAUCAUCUUCAAGGACGAGGAGAACACGGGUGCCGACCGCCUCAUGACCCAGCGCUGCAAGGACCGUCUGAACUCUCUGGCCAUCUCCGUCAUGAACCAGUGGCCCGGAGUGAAGCUGCGGGUAACCGAAGGCUGGGAUGAGGACGGCCACCACUCAGAGGAGUCCUUGCACUAUGAAGGCCGCGCGGUAGACAUCACCACCUCAGACCGAGACCGCAAUAAGUAUGGACUGCUGGCGCGCUUGGCAGUGGAGGCUGGCUUCGACUGGGUGUAUUACGAGUCCAAGGCCCACGUGCAUUGCUCGGUCAAGUCCGAGCACUCUGCUGCUGCCAAGACAGGGGGCUGCUUCCCCGCUGGAGCCCACGUGCGCCUCGAGAGUGGGGCGCGUGUUGCCCUUUCAGCUGUGAGGCCAGGAGACCGGGUGCUGGCCAUGGGGGAGGAUGGGAACCCCACAUUCAGUGACGUGCUCAUUUUCUUGGACCGUGAGCCAGACAGGUUGAGAACUUUCCAGGUCAUCGAGACCCAGAAUCCUCCACGCCGUCUAGCGCUUACACCAGCCCACCUGCUCUUCACUGCUGACAAUCACACAGAAUCGGCAGCCCACUUCCGAGCUACAUUUGCCAGCCAUGUGCAACCUGGCCAGUAUGUGCUGGUGGCAGGGAUACCAGGCCUGCAGCCUGCCCGAGUGGCCUCUGUUUCUACACAUGUGGCCCUUGGGGCUUAUGCUCCGCUCACAAGGCAUGGAACACUGGUGGUGGAGGAUGUGGUGGCUUCUUGCUUUGCAGCUGUAGCUGACCACCACCUGGCUCAGUGGGCCUUCUGGCCCCUGCGACUCUUUCCCAGCAUGGCAUGGGGCAACUGGGUCCCGGUUGAGGGUGUGCACUGGUAUCCUCAGCUGCUCUACCGCCUGGGGCGUCUGUUGCUAGAAGAGGGUAGUUUCCACCCACUGGGCAUCUCUGGGACAGGGAGCUGAAAGGACCCCACCACUGCCUUCCUGGAACUGCUGUGCUGGAUCCAAAGGCCUCCCAACAGGAUCCCUGGAAGGGAUCUGAGCCUCAUGAGGACGCUGGUCCCAGCUUCUCCUCUGGAGUGGGGAGAUGCACCAUUGAGACUUGACUGGGCUCCUGUCCCCUACUCUCAUCUUGGUGUAGUGAUAGAGCUGCAAGCUGAGCUGUCACAAGGAUGGUGGGCUUUCCUUUCCUAGAGACCUGAGACCAGCCUGCCAUUGCUACUAUUUUACACCCUGCCUCUCGCCAUGAGGAGGGUCCAUUCCAUGUCUUUGGACCUCUUAAUCCAGUCUUUCAUGGGGCCUGGGUUUCUGACUUUACUGUUGGUAACAGACCACAGUAUGAAAAGAUUCUGCCCGUCGGUGGGCUUGCACCUCAGUUGAUGCUGCUAGAUUCCCUGGGAGCCAGCAGGGAGCUGGCUGGACUCAUUGCUGCCCAGACUCCAGAAGGCCACAGCCAGCCCGUCCAUCCUGAGGCCUGACCUGCCCCGCUGACCACACUCCUCCAGACCCACCCUGAGAUUUUUUGCUGUCAGGGGGCAGAGUUCUCUGCCCUGGCAAUGUGACCAUAGUACCUGGGACUGUGAGGGAGGGGCCUGAAUGUCCUCGCUAUCCCUGCCCAGGCUAGGCUCCCUUUUCUGCUGACCCAUGACCCCCACCCCCUCCUCCGGUCAGUCUUCCCCACCUUAUUUAUUGGCAUGGAGGGGGAAGCUCAUGGGAGAAUUUUGGGAAUGUUUUGGUCUUCCUUUUGUAAUAAAAUUAUUUAAGUUGUUAGA